AUGACAUCCCAAUCUGGACCACAACAAGAAUUUGGACCACAAAAUGUUGAACGGGUAACAGAACUAUUAGAAAGUUUGAAAACAGGAGGACAAGAAAUUCAAUUAAUAACAAAUCAUUUUCAAAUAUCAACUACUAACCCAGAUUGGAGUUUAUACCAAUAUCAAGUUGACUUUAACCCAGUACAAGAUAGGAUAAACAAUCAAACAGGUCUAUUGAGUGCACAUGAAGAUCUUUUAGGAGCAUAUAUUUUUGAUGGAACAUUGUUGUUUAGUAGCAAGAAGUAUAAACCAGAUACUUUAGAACUGACAUCAAAACAAAAAUAUAACGACACAGUAGUAAUAAUUACUAUAAAAUUUAUUUCUAUCAUUGAAAAGGGGGAUUAUGAAUUUAUCCAAGUUUUAAAUUCAUUGUUACGUAGAAGCCUUGUAAAUUUGAACCUAACACUGGUUGGAAGAAAAUUCUGUGAUGCAGAAGCCAAAAUCAGUAUUCCAAAAUAUAAGCUCCAACUUUGGCCAGGUUUUGAAACUUCUAUCGGAAAUUAUGCUGGUGGUCUGUUCUUAAAAUCAGGAAUUCACACUAAAUGCAUAAGAGAAGAAACGGUUUUAGAUUUUUUCAAAGAAUUUAAAGAGAAUGAAGGGGAAAACUCUCAUUGGAUGGUGCAAUUUAAAAUGAGUGUUAUAGGAAGUGAAGUUCUAAAUAGAUGUGAUAAUCAGACCUAUAUAAUUAAUGAUGUAGACGAAGAUUAUAAUACAAAAUUAACAUUUUUUAAGGAAGAUGAAUACGGUAUAUCGUAUAUAGACUAUUAUAAACAAAAAUAUGGAAUAAACCUUAGCAGUUAUUGUCAGCCAAUAUUAUUAUCACAAAAAAACAAUUCUUUUAUUAAUGAAGGUGAUAAGUCCGAUGUGGUGUUCUUAAUUCCUGAAUUAUGUAGUUUCACUGGAAUAACAGAUGCGAUGAAAAAAAAUCAUCGUCUCAUGGCUGUUUUGAAUAAGCAUAGAAGAGUUGGUUCCAGUGAAAUAAUUGACAGAUAUAAUAGUUUUAUAAAUCGGAUUCUAACUACACCAAAGUUUGCAGAAUCAUUAAAAAAAUGGAAUUUAACAUUGAGUAAUAAACUCGUUACAAUUCCUGGUCGUGUAUUACCACAAGAAUCACUUCACGGAAAUAAUUAUAUAUUUCCAGCUGGUAAUAAAGCUAAUUGGACAGUACAAUUAUCUAAAUUACCCAUGUUUACUUGUGCUGAAAUACAACGUUGGGUAGUACUAGGUCCAGAAGAAAAUGGUGCUGAAGUUAGACAAUUUACCAAUACUCUACUUCAGGUGGCAAAAGGCAUGUCAUUUAAUUUACCACAACCAGAAAUAGUUGAUUUAAAAGAUACAAGUGCAAGCACGUAUUUAACUACUUUGGAUCAAGUAAUAAAUGAAAUGGAUCCAUCAUUUAUUUUAUGCGUCAUUCCAAAAUCGCCUAGUGAACAUUACAAUCUCAUUAAAAGACAACUAUGUCUUAAUAGACCAGUUCCAUCACAAAUGGUGUUGUUGAAACAAAUGAAAAAAAAAGAUAUGGUAUUGUACGCCAAAAUUUCCAUAAAAAUUAAUUGUAAACUAGGUGGAGCACCAUGGCGUGUUUUCAUUCCUGAAAAGAAUAUGAUGAUAGUUGGAUUUGACGUCUGUCAUGGAAAGCAAAAUAAAAGUAAAUCUUAUGGUGCACUAAUAGCCACAAUGAAUGAUACCCAUACUACUUACUUCAGCUGUGUUCAUGAAUAUGAAAGCAGACAGGAACUUUCAAACAAUUUUGCAAUUAGUAUUGCUAAUGGUGUGGAAGAUGGUCAGUUAUCUCAUGUCCAUCAAACAGAAGUUGAUAUGUUAAAGAAAACAUGUAAAGAACUCUACGGGGAAAAAAAAGUUGGGUUGGCAUUUGUUAUAGUUAAAAUAUGUAACAAUACAAGAUUUUUUUGUAACAAUCCUAAUAUAUAUCAAAAUCCACCACCUGGAACAGUUAUUGAUAAUACUGUCACUGAUCCAACUAUGUACGAUUUCUACUUAGUCUCUCAAAAUAUACCAAAUGAUGCAGCAACGCCAACUCACUACAAUGUAAUCUGGGAUACUCUCAAUGAAACAACUGUAACCAAUUUCACACCCACGAUAGUUCAAAGACUUACUUAUAAAUUGACUCAUAUGUCCUACAAUUAUUCGAAUACACAAAAGGUUCCAGGUCCAUGUCAUAUGGCACACAAAUUAGCAAGUUUUACGGCAGAGUCACUGGGGACUCCUGCAAAUCCUGUUUUGGAAGAUUUACUCUAUUUUAUGUAAUUUUUUUUUCACCCAACACUGUGUAGAGACUUUAUUUAUGAUCUAUUAUAACUUAUUUUGUAUUUUCUUAUUUUGGUAAUAAGCAAUGUUUUAUUUUACAAUUAAUUUUGUAAAGGUAUUUAACCUAAUAAUCAUUAACUAAGUUAAAAGUAUUGAAUUUAUAUUUGUAAUUAUAAGUCACU